GUGGGUGCAAGCUCUGUGUUUGGCCCCGCCGGGAAGCAGAACGGCUAACACGAGCUUCCAGGAGUCCUCAGGGGAAAUGCGUGCUUCCAUUCAGCAAUCCGGGACUUGCACUUGGUAACCUGCAGCCCUGUGACUCGCGCGUCAGGACGCUUUCCGACUUUCCCCGGACACGCCCCGUUCCUCCCCCGGAAGCCCGCUCCGGAGGAUUGGGCGCGCUUUUGAAGUCCCGGGAGCUCGGAUCUCCGCGGCCGGCGACACGCCCCUCUCGGUGCCGCGACAUGCCUCAACCGCCCACUUCGCGGAGGACACGCGAGGAGGUGGACGCGACGCUGCAGGUCGCCAAGCUGAACACCGCCGAGCUGCUGCCCACCGUGCACUGCCUGAGCUUCGGCCCCGGCACCAGCGGCGCGGCCGCCGGCGACUUCUGCCUGCUGGAGCUGGAGCCCGCACUGUGCCAGCAGCUGGAGGCCGGCCACAGUUUUGUGAUUCGAGGGGACAAAGAUGAACAAGCUGUGCUGUGCAGUCAAGACAAAACCUAUGACCUGAAGAUAGCGGACACAUCCAAUAUGCUGCUUGUCAUCCCUGGCUGCAAAACUCCAGACCAGCUGAAGAGGGAGGAAGCCCAGAGUAACAUUGUUCACAACGAGAUCUUUGGUUUCUCUAAUAAUUAUUGGGAGUUAAGAAGAUGCAGACCUAAAUUAAAAAAGCUAAAGAGACUUCUGAUGGAAAAUACCUAUGAAGGCCCUGGCACUCAAAAAGAAGAUGAUCCAAGCCGCUCAAAGUAUACAACUGAAGAUUUGCUUGAUCAAAUUCAGGCAAGUGAAGAAGAACUAAUGACCCAGUUGCAAGUCCUAAAUGCCUGUGAGAUUGGAGGUUACUGGAGAAUUCUUGAAUUUGAUUAUGAGAUCAGACUUCUGAAUCAUGUAACUCAGCUUGUGGAUUCUGAAUCCUGGUCUUUUAGUAAAGUCCCCUUGGCUGUGUGCCUGCAGGAACUUGGGCCUCUGGAGCCAGAGGAAAUGAUUGAACACUGUCUUAACUGCUAUGGAAAGAAAUAUGUGGAUGAAGAUGAAGUUUAUUUUGAAUUGAACGCUGACAAAAUAUGCCGAGUGACAGCGGAGAUGCUCCUGCAGAAUGCCGUGAAGUUUAACCUCGCUGAGUUUCAGGAAGUGUGGCAGCAGAGUGUCCCCGAGGGAAUGACAACUCGGCUUGAUCAGCUCAAGGGCUUAGCACUGGUGGAUAGAAACUCAAGACCAGAAAUCAUAUUCUUGCUCAAAGUGGACGAUUUGCCUGAGGGAACACAGGAGCGCUUCAAUAGUCUAUUCUCCCUCAGAGAAAAGUGGACAGAAGAAGACAUCGCUCCAUAUAUCCAAGAUUUGUGUGGAGAGAAGCAAACUGUAGGUGCAUUACUUACUAAAUAUUCUCGUUCUUCAAUGCAAAAUGGUGUGAAAGUUUAUAAUUCAAGAAGACUCAUUUCUUAAAAGAAUGCCACACGCUGGGCAGUGGUGGCGCAUGCUUUGAGUCCCAGUGCUCGGGAGGCAGAGACAGGUGAAUCUGAGUUUGGGGCCAACCUGAUCUACAGAGCGAGCUCCAGGACAGGCUCCAAAGCUACAGAGAAACCCUAUCUCGAGAAAUAAAGAAAGAAUGGACACUUUUUGGAAGGACUAAAUUGCUUCAUAAAGUUGCUGGAUAUAAUAAAAGAUUCUCUUGCCUAUUUUUA